UUCUUGCUUUCCCCAUUCAUUCAUCCAUUUCAUCACAAUUCACAAUAGAUAAACGCGUGAACAACUUUUUUUCUUAGACGAAAUGAACCGUCUCAAGAAACAACAAACAUCAGCCCUUGUUCACAACUACAAGACAACACGGAUUGAUUGUCAGCCCUUUUCUCUUUUUCUCACGUUUUCGUUACAAGCUGACCCUUUUUCUAGGUGGGGUUGGUUUCCCAAAGCUCUCUCUUUCUUUGACGGAUUUGUCAAAGUCGGCUACAUUUCGAUGUCCUCUCUCUGAGAUGGUGAAGUAAUCUGAACUCAUGCGAGGGAAAACCCAUGUCUGAAAUGCACUGUUUUCUGGAUUUCUUGGUUUUAGACUUCUAGAGUUGGGAAGUCGGUUCUUGGACGGUCAAUGCGGUGCUGAAUUAUCUGGUUGGAGCUAGCUGUUAUGUUUUUGGUGUAAAACCCACCCUCAAAGUCGUGUGUUCUUUCUGCUGAGUUUUCAUAUUGUUGAUUUUCGAUUUAUCCUAUAAAAGGGUUGCAUACAGCAAAACCCUGUGGAGUAUUCAAUUGAAAUUCUGCUUGCUUUGAUUUGCUGCCGUAUUUUUUGUACUGAAUCUUGUAACAAAAAGGGUACUUUAAGAUUGUUGUAGGGCAUUGUUUAUUGUGUUGAAUUGUUAUAGUUGAAGUUGGAGGUUGCUUGAUAGGAAAUGGGGGCAACUGGAACUGCUGCUGGGGUUACUGAUGGUAAUGUGCAUAUGAAUGGGUCAAUUCCAAGUGUAAAUGGUUCAUCAGAAGACAAGGUUGAUGAACUUCGCCAAUUAUUUGGGAAAUCAGAUGGGGAUCCAUUGAGGAUCGUUGGUGUUGGUGCAGGGGCAUGGGGUAGUGUGUUUCUUGCGAUGCUGCAAGAUGCAUAUGGGACUUUUCGCGAUAAGGUUCAGAUCAGGAUAUGGAGGAGAGCUGGGAGAUCUGUUGAUAGAGCCACAGCAGAGCAUUUAUUCGAGGUCAUCAAUUCGAGAGAAGAUGUGUUGAGGAGAUUGAUUAGGCGAUGUGCUUAUUUGAAGUAUGUUGAGGGAAGACUAGGCGAUCGCAUUCUUUAUGCAGAUGAGAUUCUGAAAGAUGGUUUUUGCUUGAAUAUGAUUGACACCCCACUUUGCCCUUUAAAGGUUGUGACUAACUUGCAAGAGGCUGUGUGGGAUGCUGAUAUUGUUGUCAAUGGAUUGCCAUCAACUGAAACUAGGGAAGUGUUUCAGGAAAUUAGUAGGUAUUGGAAAGAAAGGAUUUCCAUACCAGUCAUCAUUUCUUUGGCAAAAGGAAUAGAGGCUGAAUUAGAGCCUGAACCCCGCAUAGUUACUCCCACUCAGAUGAUCAAUCGAGCAACUGGAGUUCCAAUGGAAAACAUACUCUAUCUUGGAGGACCUAAUAUUGCAUCAGAAAUUUACAACAAAGAAUAUGCUAAUGCUCGGAUUUGUGGAGCUGAGAAAUGGAGGAAAUCUUUGGCAAAGUUUCUGCGACAGCCACAUUUUAUUGUUUGGGAUAAUGGAGACCUUGUUACGCAUGAAGUUAUGGGGGGUCUGAAAAAUGUAUAUGCAAUUGGUGCUGGGAUGGUUGCAGCUCUAACUAAUGAGAGCGCGACAAGCAAGUCUGUAUACUUUGCUCACUGUACAUCGGAGAUGAUCUUUAUCACCCAUCUUUUGGCCGAGGAACCUGAGAGGCUUGCAGGUCCUCUCUUGGCUGACACUUAUGUCACCUUGUUGAAAGGCCGAAAUGCAUGGUAUGGUCAGAAGUUGGCUAAAGGGGAAAUAAACCUUGAUAUGGGAGACAGCAUCAAAGGCAAGGGAAUGAUUCAGGGCGUUUCUGCUGUAAAAGCUUUCUAUGAGCUGCUUAGUCAGUCUUGUCUAAAUAUCCUGCAUCCUAAUGAAAGCAAUCGCAUUGCACCUGUCGAGCUAUGUCCAAUCCUGCAGACAUUGUACAAAAUACUGAUAAUGAGGGAGCUGUCGUGCAAGGGGAUUCUUCAAGCCUUGAGAGACGAAACGAUGAACGAUCCUCGAGAACGCAUCGAGAUUGCUCAAAGGCAUGCCAUCUAUAGACCUUCUCUACUUAUAAAAUAAUACUGAUGGGAGAAGUACCCCGCCUUCCUGUUCUUGGAAAAAGCUCAUGGAUUGAGGUAGUAGCAAGUUUUAAUGUGUUGAAUACUUUAGGGACAUGGUUGGUUUGUGAGAGAUUAAGAUUAAGUGAAAUAUGGGAUUGUUCUCGGGA